CUCCGCGCUGGUCCUAGUCUCGAGGACUUGCUCGUGAAACGGGAGAAAUAAACAGACCCUGAGCAGAGGAAAAAAAGACACAGGGAGUGAUAGCGUAGGCUACGAUAAUUUAAGACAUCUCCUCCCUCCCCUUCCCCUUCACAAUCUCUCCAUCUUCAUCCCUCGUCUUUUCUUUAAUGGAUAGAAAUUAUCCUGGUACAGGAUUCGGUGAUUUGGGCGCUGGAACGGGAUGGAGUUACGAGAGAUCGGCGAAGGCAAGCCUGGUGUAUGGGAGCUCCAGGUCCUCCCAUCCAGACUCCGAGCUUCUCCAUCGCCAGGCUUAUGGCACACCCCACCCUCUGCAGGGCUAUGCAACCAAUCACCACCCAGGAAGUUCUGGACAGGGUGGAGCUUGGGGAGCGGCUGGGCGGAGCCUAGGACUGUCAGGACUGUUUGAUGCAGGGCUACACCACGCCAGUGCCUCUGGCCCUGACCCGUCUGUCAUGAACCUGAUUUCUGCGCUGGAGUCCCGGACACCACAGCCCCCCCCCUCGGCUUCUUCUCUCCUUUCUCAGUUCCGCACACCCUCCUGGCAAACUGCAAUGCACACACCAAACCCAGCUGAACUUUUCAUCUCUGGUGCCCUCCCUGGAUCUGGCUCCUUUCCCUCCUCAUCAGCACUGUCAGCCUAUCAACACCCAGCCUCUUUCUCCGGACGGUCCUUCACCCCAUCCCUCUCCCUACAGGACACACCCACUUUCAACCCUACCACCAACGGGCUCCUGUCCCCCCAUGACCCCUUACUGCACAUUAAGACAUCCUCCCAGUCCAGUUUAGGCUUUGAUCGGCUGCUCUCUUCGCAAAGUGUUGCAUACAGAGGGACUCAGGACCCUACAGGGCCCCCACCACAGGCCCCGUCCAACCCCUCCGGUCGUCACCUGCCCCCUCCCCAGUUCAACUUGCUGUCCUCUCAGCUUCAAGACCAGUCAUCUCAGCUGUACAAUGCCUCUGUCUUUUCCUCUGCGCCGGCCCCGCCACCACAGCCCCCGCAGGAGAGGGCCGUCCCACGUCAGGACAGCGUCAUCAAGCACUACCAGCGCUCCUCUCCAGCCCAGUCACAGCUCUCCUCCUCGGCACCCCACCCCCUGCAGCACUACCUCAGCUGUGGGGCAACUGGUUACCAACAGAUGGCACAUCACAGGCAUGGAGGAGUGUCUUGCAGUCCUCUGGGUGACCAGAGUCCGUCCUCAGAUGCCAAAUCCUCGUCCCGGGCCGAGCAGGUGUACCGUCCCAUCAUCCAGACCCCCUACACCUCCUCGGCCUCCUCCUCAGGAUCCAAGGGGGCCAAAAGCUCAAGCUCCAGUAGCGGCUACUCCUCCUCAGGAUCUGCGUCCUCUUCUUCCCGGACCCCCCACACCCCCCCCUCAGCAUCCUCCACCUCUUCAACCUCUUCCAGCUCAUCCUCAAACUCCAACCCCAACCCUGCUUCCAGCUCAUCGUCUGCCCCUUCAAGACAACAGGCUCCUUCCCAGUCUGCACCGCCUCCUCCCCCCCCACCACCGCCACCCCCUCCAGUGUCCUCCACCCCUGUCCAACAGCCCCCAACCAAGCCCUGUCUCUCUGUUUAUGGCGCCCCUGUUGCUUCCGUCAAGUCCAAUCCAGGCGUCCCUGGCCAGACUCCUCCCCAGCAGCAGCAGCAGCAGCCUCAGCCACAAUCCUACUCCCCCAGCCAGCCCCCUCCCUCACACCUCACCCAGCCCUAUGGAGGCUUCAGCUCUCCUCGGGCCCAGGACUUGAGCUCUGGAACGGGAGGCUCUGCGAAGGGUUAUGGAGGCUUAGGGCCAGGGGCUCGCUCGUUCUCUGCUGAAGUAGUCUAUGGGACAGACUCAGGGUAUGGCUCAUUGCCGGCCUCCCUCGGAGGAGGUGGCAGUCCCUCCCUGGUUUACGGGAGCCAAGGACACUCCCCGGCGAUCCUGGGCUCUGGAGGAGCUGGAGGGUCAGCGGGAAGCGGCCCUGCUUCAGGGGUCAGCGGAGGUGCUGCAGGAGGAGGGGGUGCAGGACUGGCAGGUGCGGCAAGCAGUGUAGGGAGUGGGGGUGGAGGCUCCUAUCACCUGCCUGACUCCAGCCCCUCCCCAUCCAACAACUCUGCUAUUAUUCGACCUGGACUACACUCCCCCGCCCCGGCCCGCCCUGCCCAGUCUCCUGGGGGACCGGGCGGCAGCAAAUUCCUCUCCUCUGUCCUUUCGCCUGCUUUCCUAUCUUCGCCACAAGGAUACCCCGAUAAUCGGGCUCCCCAGCAGCAAAGCUACCACCCCACACCCCCCAAGCCUAAACCAGAUUCUGACAUGCUGGGAAUGGAGCGCUCCCAAGACGAGGAUGAAGACGAUGACGAUGAUUUCCUGAUUCAGCACUUGUUACACGCCCAGAGUUCUCCCCAUCCCUCCCAGCACCACACGCAGCAGCCCCCACAGCAGCAACCUCCCCAGGCCAUGUCUCAGCCCAGAGACUCCGGCAAAGGGCUGGCCUACGACAUGAACAAGGCCUCUGAAGAGCGCUAUCACCUCCAGAGUGUCAUCCGCACUAAUAGUGCCACCAACAGCACGGUACCUGUAGCUGCAGCUGUGGGGGGCAGUGGUGGCGGGCUGGAGAGCCACCUGGAGUCAAUGAAGAAGCAGCAGCAAUCAAAGAACGAGCGGGUGCUGUCUAGCGUAGGUUCGGGUCGCGUGGGCGGUGACUCCCUCCAGCACACCCACAUACACCAACAUGACUCGCUGGGAUCAGUGGUACACUAUGGACGGGGUGACCCCUACUCGCAACACCCACACAUGCAACACCCCCAUCACCAACAGCAUCCCCAUCCCCAGCAUGGCCAGCACUCCCAACAUACUCACCAACAUGCCCACGCCCAUGGUCACCCCCACAUGGAGCUUAAGAAGCCCCCUGAUCGAUCAGAAUUACCAUACCUGCGCAAGACUCCCGACGGCCAGCAGCAGCCACGGCAGUCCCAGUCUUCCCUCUCAAUGAUGGACGCCUCUCCUGACCAACCCCAGCAGCCGCCUACCGCACACAUGCUCCAGUCUGUCCUGUCCCAUACCACCCGCAACAAGAUGGACGCCCAGCAAGCUCCUCCUCAGCAGCAGCAGCACCCAAUGAGUCAGCAAGCUCUGCUGGGGUCAUCUGGAGGGACAGGGUCAGGCGGGGUCGACACCCACCCUCAGUCCCAGUCCUCUCAGCUGCAGCUUCAACUCCAGUCUCAGGCUUUAGAGGCCCACUAUGGCCGGGGAGCCCAGCCUAGAGAUCAAGCCAGCCAGAACUCAGUCUCCCCAUUGGACAUGCUGGAGCGCUCCCUAUCACGGGCCAACAGUAGAGACAGUGGAGGGGCUUCGGAAAGAGGUGUUGGGGUUGGGGGAGGGGAAGGGGGUGGCAGCGAUAGACACAGACAGCAGCAGCAUAGGCUGCCAGCCCAUCACCAUCCCCAACAAACGGCGUCAGAGCUUCAUGACUUUCUCUCUGAGCCUGACUUGGGCCUUUCUGCGCCUUCUCACCUGCACCACCUCAACCCGCACCAUGCCCAUCCCCAUCCCCAUGCCCACAACCAACAGCAAGCCCACCCUCACCACCAGCUCCCACAUCCCCAUGCCCACCAACACGCCCACCAGUUAACGCCCAAUGUGGGGUCCCAACAGCAGCAGCAGCCUCAACAAAGGGACCAAGAGGGUCAGCUCUCACAAUCCCAGUUGGAGCAGCUCAAAGAUCACCAGUUUGACACAGUGAGCCCAGUGGGGAAAGGGGGCCAGAACCAAGCUCAACAGCAGCAGCAGAGGUUUGUGCCUCUCACCUCCAUCUGUUUCCCUGAUUCCCUACUCCAGGACGAAGACCGAUCCUUCUUCCCAGGCAUGGAAGACAUGUUCUGCUCUGAUGAAUACAAGUCUAGCUGUGCGGGUGGUGUUGGGGCAGGCCACGGGGUACAAGACGGCAUCCCUCAAGUCCGUGGGCAGGGGCAAGAGGGCCUGGAAGCAAUCAAGGCAGGUGGUGGAGGAGGUGGUUAUGACAUGAUGGGUCACCAUAGCGACCAAGGGUAUGGUCAGUACUGCCACGGUCUUUCAGAAGCUGGAAACGGGACCAUGCACCUGGAUUUGGACACUCUAAAGACCCACGAGCUACCCUCCACUGUAAACACUGAACAGCUUGGAUUGAUCCAGUCUCAAACCCCUGGCCUUGGUAUGGGUGGUCCAACUGGAGUUCCUGCAGAUGGCUCUGUCAACAAGAUGAUAGUAGGCCAGGGUGGAGGGGCAGGGGGGCUAACUUCUCCAAUCUUCUGCUCAUCCCGGCCCAAAAAACUGCUAAAGACCAGCUCUUUCCACCUUCUGAAGCAGCGGCGUGAACCGCAGCCCCAGGCCAAGAAGAACUACGCUCAGGAGUACGAGUUUGAGGAUGAUGAGGACAAGGCCAAUGUGCCGGCCGACAUUCGCCUCAACAGUCGCCGCCUCCCUGACCUGCUUCCUGACCUGGUGUCUAGCUGCAGGAAGGGUGCUGCAUCUGGUGUAGGUGGCCUCAGCCCAUUGAUGGGUGACAUGGACUUCUGCCACAACACAGGAUACGCCUCUUUAGGCCCCCCUCCGCAGCUUCUUCCCCAUGACGGUCCCAAGAAAAGAGGCCGGAAGCCAACAAAACCCAAACGCGAAGGUCCACCACGGCCACGGGGGCGACCUCGCAUCCGUCCUCUCCCAGAGCCCUCUUACUGCAGGGGGCUGAUGGGAGCAGUGGGCGGUGAAAGUCGUAGGGGGCGAGGGCGGGGCAGGGGUCGUGGCAGGAGAGAUGAAGGGAUGAUGGAGAUGCACCGAGACAUGAACAAAGUACCAAACCUUCAGUACCAACAACAACAUCAACAACAACAACAUCAUCAACAUCAGCAGUUCCACCAACAGCAACAACUUCAACACCACCCACACCAACACCACCACCAACCAACGCAUCACCAGCAUCAGCAGCAACAGCAACACUCACACCUCCAACAGCAACAUCUGCACCAUCAACAACAACAGCAACAACAACAAACACAGCCCCAGCAUCAAGAGCCCAUCAGGCCUAUAAAGAUAAAGCUUCCUAUCCCCUCGAUACCUCCUUCAGAUUCCUUGUUGAGGACAGACUCUCUGUCCAGCACUGAUCCGGUUUUGUCUGAUGGUUCGGUGGGCUCCGCUCCGUCCCUUGGCUUGAGUCCUGGACCAACAGCUGGGAUUGACAUGAACAAAAGCGACAUGAAUCGGUCCCAGGAGAAGAUCAAGCAGAAAGCCCAAGAGAUGACAUGGGACAGAGACAUUGAGGAUCAGAUCACACCAGAAGCCUGGGCCGCUAUGCAGAAACUGUCCAGUUCAGCGGAUGACAAAACAGAGUUUAAGCCUGGCUUCAUGGCCUCCUUCUUGGACUUUCUCAAGACAGGAAAGAAGCAGCCUGGAGGACCAGGGUCAGGCCUGCAGGGCCUGAGUCCAGUGGGAGAGGCUCAGUCCACCGACACCAUCUCUUUGAAGGGUGGCAUCCGCCCGCUAUCCCCGCCUCCUCCGCCACCUCUGGCUCCACCACCAGCAUUUGGGGAAGGGGAAGGAGAGGAGGGAUUAGCCCUUGGCAACUGCCCCAGCCCUUGCAAGCGUCUGGAUGAGGAACUGAAGAGGAACCUGGAGACACUGCCCUCUUUUUCUUCCGAUGAGGAGGACUCUGUCAGCAAAAACCAGGACCUCCAGAAGAGCAUCUCUUCGGCCAUCUCUGCCCUUUACGACACGCCCCACUCUUUGGUCGCUGCCAUUGCUGUGGCUCCACCCCUGCGCACACCUUCCCCGUCCAGUCCACAAGUCCGGCCUGUGAGCCCAUCCAUGCCAGUCACCCCACCUGCACAGGCACAGACUUAUGUGGGCCAUAUGGAGGUUGAGGGAAACGAACGUACACACACGCAGCUACUCACCCACAACGACACACAGCCUCAUAUAGAGUCCCAAGAGCAGAAUCAGCCUAAGGCCAUGGAUAGAGAAGAGAGGGAAGAGGAAGAGGAGGAGGAGGAAGAGAUGGAGGAUGAGCAGAGGGAAGAGGAGAGUGUAGAAAGGAGACUCGUAGAGGAGGAGGACGAAGAAGAGAGAGACCAUGACUUUGCAAUGCUAGAUGCUCCUAAAGUGGAAGACUCCCCAUCUGGGCCUCCCCUUGACCCAGCGCCACCCUCCCCUCCAUCCCUGUCCCUCUCCCCGCCCACCUCUUCCUCCCCGUCCCCCCUCCCUCCCCCGCCACUGUCCCUCCCCUCACCUCUUCCCCCACAGCACCAUGAGGAGGAGGAGCAGGAACUCCAGGGAGCGUUGCACCCUCUACAGCUCCAUCCUGACCGUGCUACCUCCUCCCCAACCCCCUUCAACCCCCCACCAGUCCUCCCCUCGCCAUCCUCUCCACCUCUGCCUGCCCUCCCCCCCUCCUCCUCCACCACACCACCUCCAUCCUCCUCCCCUCCUGACCAGGACCAGGACCCAGACAUGGACCCAGAGACUGCCCAGCCCUCCUCCUCCUCCCCUUCUUCUUGCCCACCAUCGCCCCCCACCCCGGAGGACGCACCUACCCCCCAGAUCACCUCGCUUCAUCUUGCUAAGAAGCAGGCGAACGCUGCCAUCGCUGGUGAGAGCGAGGAGGAGGACAGUGAGAGUGGUGGGGAGGGCAUCUUUCGGGAGAGGGAUGAAUUUGUGGUCCGGACUGAAGAUAUCGGCACACUCAAGAUGGCCUUACAGACAGGCCGGGAACCCCCCCCCAUCUGGAGGGUCCAGAAGGCCCUGCUACAGAAGUUCAGCCCAGAGAUCAAGGAUGGACAGAGACAGUUUUGUGCCACUAGCAAUUAUCUGGGUUACUUUGGUGAUGCAAAAAUGCGGUACCAGCGCUUGUAUGUGAAGUUCUUAGAGAAUGUAAAUAAAAAGGAUUAUGUUCGAGUCUGCUCAAGAAAGCCCUGGCACAGACCUGGUCUCACUUUGAGGCGCCAGUCCCUCCCUAAGCCAACAGCUCCUGCUCUCAGUCAGACUCCUCCCAGAGUGGAGAGAGAUGACAGAGAGAAGGACAGACAAGAAAGACGGGAACGAGAUAAAGAGAGGGAACAUAAGGAGAAAGAGAGAGAACUAAAGGAAAGAGAGCGCCGGGAAAGGGAGAAAGAGACAGAGAGGGAAAAGGAGAAACAACGAGAUAGAGAGCGGGAAAAAGAACAGAGGGAAAGGGAUGAGAAAGAGAAGAAACAUCAGGUGGAGAAGGUAGAGAGGAGAUGUAGUGGACUGGAGCUAGGGAGAGAGCAGGAGAAAAGAGGGGGAGAGAAGAAGGUGGAUCGUCCGUCUAGGGCAAGGCCUAUGAAAAUAAAAGCUGAACCACCGCCCAAGAAGAGGAAGAAGUGGUUGAAGGAUAUACCCUCCUCCUCGGAUUCCGACUCCUCCCCUGACCAGCCCAGUGAGGAUGAAGCCUCAGUGAGAGGUGGCAUGAACAGCCGGGCCAUGAGGGAGAUGUUCAGGAGCUAUGUGGAGAUGCUAGUCAGCACCGCCCUGGACCCUGACAUGAUCCAGGCCCUGGAGGACACACACGAUGAACUGUACCUCCCGCCCAUGAGGAAAAUUGACAGCCUCCUCAACGAACAGAAGAGGAGACUGUUGAGGAGAGUCAACAUGAGUGCUCAGCACCAGGAGGUUCUACACAUGUUUCCGAAAAUGACGGCCGAUACCUUGGACUCUGGAGCAGUUAAACUGCACCUUGGGGGUGAGGGCUACAACCGCAAAACUCUAAACCGGGUCAAGAGAAGCAUGCCCAAGCAACAGGAUCUAAAGCUUUCUACUGAGACGUGUCGAAUCUACAGCCUUUAUCAUUCCCUCCACCACUACAAAUACCACACCUUCCUGCACUGCAAGAAGGAGACGGACAGUAUUGAGCAGGCGACCGAGGACCCUGGCCAGGAGGAGGUAGUUCAGCAAUGUAUGGCCAACCAGGGCUGGCUGGAGACCCUCUUCAACUCCUUUAUAGAGCUGCUCACUCUGAGCACCAACACCUGAGCAGGAAGUCACUAGCCAGGAAUGAAAAGAAGACAUAAUAAACCAUAUUGGGAGACAAAAAGAGAUUGAAAGCGGAGAACACAGGACUGUACCAAGACAAGACAGAAAAAACGGACGUUUUAAACCCACUCAGUCCUCGCCCAGCGAGGAAACAACCGGUGUUCUUUGUCUUUUCUUUUUUUUAAGAAGGAUGGAUUUUAACUUACAUUUGUGCCACAAACUCUUUUUAACACUUAGUUUACUCCCUUAUAAAGUAUCUCUUGGCUCAAUGAGAGAAGACGAGCAGAGGAGGCAAUGUGAAAAUUGUGAAUGUGUGAAGGGCUCUGUCCUGACCUGUGGAGGGCAGCAGGAGGGCUACGGUGAAUCGGCUAGCACUACAGGAGAAACUACUCUUGUGACUUACAUUCAAACAUGCAUACAUACACACAAUAUAUAAAUAUGUAUUAAUAAUUAUGAUUUGUAUUAUUUAUACAAGGACAUUUUUAACAUUAUCGUCCCCAGAUGGGAUUGCAGUUAUUGAUUUAAAUGAUAAUAUUUGAUUUGGGUAUACAUGAAAUGGCCCAACCACAAUCCUUGGCUAUAACCCCCUUUGACAGCUGAAGGGGGAAAAGUUGUGAAGAGCAGAGUUGAGUGGUACGAAACAAACAAGUGUAUGAUGUUCCUUAUUUACCGUCUGCUUAAAUUUGGGGAGUGUAUUUAAAGUUAAGCAAACUUCUUUCUGUUGGUUCUUCAAAAGACAAUAAGAAAGGGAUUUUAUGCCAGAAUAAAAAUAAAGUAACUGCGCACUUUCUGAAAGAAAGUGUGUCAGUGUUGGACUUACGAUUAUAAAGCGUGUUUACUGUAUGUCUUUUUUAUCUGUUGUUAAUUAUGAUAAUUAUAAUUUGUUGAAACUCUUACAGAGCAUUUUUGUUUGUAAAUAUUGUACAGCUUCUUCAGUCAAAUCCCCAUUUCCUCUUCUGUACAUGAAACUUCCUGUAUUUGACAACAACUAAUAAAUCUGCUAAAAAGUAUGAAA